AUGUUUAUGCAGGCGAAAAAUAUUAGUUCUAUGUCUGAUCGACUUCGAUUCGUGUUCUUCCGUGGUGAAGAGUUAAAUCAAAUGAUUGUGAAGAAUUGGAGCGAAAAUAAUGCCAAUAGUCAAACUAUACUAAUCAAUAUGUAUGGCACUACAGAAACGCCAAGUGCCAUCCACGGACGAGUUGAAAUUUCGAAAGAUGUUCAUCCAAUUGGACGUCCCUUCUCAGAUCUUUGUGCUUAUUUGCUCGAUCCACACGGAGAGCCGAUUCCAUUGGGAGCCGUAGGAGAACUUUAUAUUGGCGGUGCUGGUGUGGCCCGUGGCUACCUCAACCGACCCGAACUUACUGCGGAACGCUUUUUGUGCGAUCCAUUCAGUGAAAGUCCAACAGCACGCAUGUAUCGUACUGGUGAUCUGGCACGCUAUCUGCCAGAUGGAAAUCUGGUAUAUCUGGGACGCACUGAUCAACAGAUUAAAAUCCGUGGUUUCAGAAUUGAGCCCGGUGAAAUUGAGGCCCGUUUAAUGGAACAUCCUUCGGUGUGCGAAGCGGUUGUACUGCCAUGGAAGGACGAGAUUGAUAGUGAUACCCGCCUUGUUGCCUAUUUAGUGGCUGAUCCUGAUGCAUCACUAGCUAACAAUCUACGCAACCAUCUAGCAUCUUUACUUCCUGAUUAUAUGGUACCGGCGGCUUAUGUUUGUCUAUCGUCUUUGCCACUCACGCCAAAUGGUAAGCUAGAUCGGCGAGCACUUCCAGCGCCGGGCGAUGAAGCAUUUGCUCGUCAAUUAUAUGAAGAACCGCGGGGUGAAAUGGAAGAAAAAUUGACAGCAAUCUGGAGUGAACUGCUGGGUAUUGAGCGUAUUAGUCGACAUGAUAAUUUUUUCGCGCUUGGUGGCCAUUCUCUUCUAAUCGUAAAGAUGCUGUCACAGUUGCGACAAAGUGGACUGGACACCAAUGUUCGGGAA